AUGGCACACAGCGGAGACUGUCCCAUUAGUUUCCUGUUUACAGCCCGGUCCCUCCGAGAAACCCUGUCUCUUACACUGCUCCCCCAGUUUCAGUUACCCAACCGUGCCCACCUCGAUUACACAGCUCUACAAGCAGCGAGGCAAUUACUCUUACAGCAGCCAGGCAGUGGCCUGAAAUCUCCAAAGAGCCAGGACAAGCAGCGUCCACUGCAGGUUCCAGUGUCAGUGGCCAUGAUGAGUCCCCAGGUGAUCACGCCGCAGCAGAUGCAGCAGAUCCUCCAGCAGCAAGUGCUCUCUCCCCAGCAGCUGCAGGCCCUGCUCCAGCAGCAGCAGGCCGUCAUGCUGCAGCAGCAGCACCUGCAGGAGUUCUAUAAGAAACAACAGGAGCAGCUCCACCUGCAGCUACUCCAACAGCAACACCCAGGCAAGCAGGUUAAAGAGCAACAACAGCAGCAGCAGCAGCAGCAGCAACUGGCUGCCCAGCAGCUCGUCUUUCAGCAGCAGCUCCUGCAGAUGCAGCAGCUCCAGCAGCAGCAGCACCUGCUCAACAUGCAGCGGCAGGGCCUGCUCUCACUGCCUGGGCCCGCACCCGCGCCCGGCCAGGCCGCCCUGCCCGGACAGACCCUGCCCCCGCAAGCCGGCCUGAGCCCCGCAGAGCUCCAGCAGUUGUGGAAGGAUGUGACCGGAGGUAGCACCCACAGCAUGGAGGACAACAACGGCAUUAAACAUGGCAGCAGUGGCACUGGAGGGGGCGGCGGCGGCCUAGAUCUCUCCACUAACAACUCCUCCUCGACUACCUCCUCCUCUUCCUCCUCCUCCAACCCGUCCAAAGCUUCGCCACCAAUCUCUCACCAUUCCAUCGCCAACGGACAGUCCCCCGCCCUCAAUCACAGAAGAGAGCGGGAACGGGAACGGGAGCGGGAACGGGAGCGGGAGCGAGAGAGCUCGUUACAUGAGGAAAGUGGAGGCUCACACUCCCUGUAUGGCCACGGGGUGUGCAAGUGGCCCGGCUGCGAGAGCAUCUGUGAGGACUUCGGACAGUUUUUGAAGCACCUUAACAGUGAACACGCCCUUGAUGACCGGAGCACAGCUCAAUGUCGGGUCCAGAUGCAAGUAGUGCAACAGCUCGAAAUACAGCUUUCUAAAGAACGUGAGCGUCUUCAGGCGAUGAUGGCCCACUUGCACAUGCGGCCCUCGGAACCCAAGUCAUCUCCCAAACCACUUAACUUGGUGUCCAGCGUCACCAUGUCCAAGAACCUGCCCUCAGUGUCGCCCCCCAAUUUACCUCAGACCCCCACCACGCCAACAGCGCCCAUCACGCCCAUGGCCCCUGUGCCCCAGGUCCCAUCAGUACUGGGCGGCGCCAAUGUUCCCAGCAUGGGCGCCAUGCGCAGACGCCACUCAGACAAGUACUCCAUGCCCCUGUCGUCAGGUGGUGACACAGUAUUUAUUUUUCCAGAGAUUGCCCCAAACUACGAGUUUUAUAAGAACGCAGAUGUCAGACCGCCAUUUACUUAUGCAACCCUCAUAAGACAGGCUAUCAUGGACUCAAGCGACAUGCAGUUAACGCUCAACGAAAUCUACAGCUGGUUCACGCGCACAUUUGCCUACUUCAGACGCAACGCUGCAACCUGGAAGAAUGCUGUUCGCCAUAACCUCAGUCUGCACAAGUGCUUUGUGCGUGUGGAGAACGUGAAAGGGGCAGUGUGGACGGUGGAUGAGGUGGAGUACCAGAAACGCAGGUCGCAGAAGAUCACAGGAAGCCCAACACUCGUAAAGAAUCUCCCCUCCAGUCUCGGCUAUGGCGCAGCACUAAACGCCAGCUUACAGGCCGCCCUGGCUGAGACCUCCCUCCCCCUGCUGGGUACUCCCAGCCUGAUGAACAGCAGCUCCUCGGGCCUGAUGGGAGGAAGCCCUCAUGGUCUGAUGGGCGGAAGUCCGCCUGGCCUGAUGGGUGGCAGCCCUCCUGGACUGAUGGGCGGCAGUCCUCCUGGGCUGAUGGGCGGCAGUCCCCCCGGCACAAUGGGUGGCAGCCCCCCGAGCCUGUUGCAGUCAGCCCACGACGAGCUGAACGGCUCGCUGGACCACCUGGAUACCAACGGACACAGCAGCCCCGGUUACUCCCCACCGGGACACAUGCCGCCGAUUCACGUCAAGGAGGAGCCACUGAAUAUGGACGACGACGACUGUCCAAUGUCGCUGGUGACGACGGCCAAUCACAGUCCAGAGCUCGACGAGGACCGGGAGCUAGAGGAAGGCAACCUAUCAGACGACCUGGAGUGACCCGGGCCACGGUCAGGUCACCGUCGUCCCCUGUCCCAGCCACACUGUUCCUCUCACACAGGCCUCCUGCAAGACUGGAAACCACUCCACAACCCAACCAGUAAAACUCUCUCUCUGUCUCUCUCACCACUGGGACUAUUUAUUGAGCAUGCAUCAGGAUGGAGACUGGCCCAAAGGAACUCUUUGUUGCAGCUCUUUGGGAUCCCCAAAAAUGACAGGCAUGAGAUGUCUGAUUUUUAAAAUGAAAAAAAAAACAAAAACUCUUUGAGACCUAUUUCAUGACAGAUGGCUUGGCCACACAAAGUACAUGAUAGACACG